AUGGUUUAUGUUGCUUUCUUGAACACGUCUUCUUUUCCAGAUCCGAAGGAGGAUUGGCUGAUGAGACAAGUCUAUCGCAAAGACAUAUUGAACUCUACGUGCCUGAUGAACAACCUCUCAUAUUCACAAAGCAAACUGCCACAUGACGUUGCAAGACAGAUCUUUGUGGAGCAUAACCACAAGUUCAUCUAUUGUGAGGUGCCCAAGGUCGGCUGCACCAAUUGGAAGAAAAUCAUCCUCCUCCUCACAAUGAACCUGAGCAGAGAGAUUAAUGAAGUCCAUGAUGAUCUCAUCCAUAAAACCUCACUGAUAAAGAGGCUGAGUUCUUACUCUUCUGACUACCAGGAGAAAUUACUGACCAGUUACACCAAAGUGAUGUUCACCAGAGAUCCCCUGGAACGGUUGAUUUCAGCUUACAGAGACAAGCUUCUGCAUUCUGAGCCAUACUAUAGUAUCACUGUUGCAAAUGAGAUCAAGGCCAUGUUCAGGAAAAACAAAAAUUCAACUGAAAGGGUCACUUUCCAGGAGUUUGUUAAUUUUAUUCUGACACAAAACCAAGAAAAAUUAGACAUUCAUUGGAGACCAAUGUUUCUACUCUGUGAUCCUUGCGACAUUCAUUAUGACAUCAUGGGGAAGUUUGAGACCGUAGUGCAAGAUUCUGAACGUGUUCUUAGGAACAUUGGUGCCCCAGAGGAUAUGCAUUAUCCGAACUUUAAGAAAUAUAGCUCAGAGAAACGUACGAGUGAUGAUAUCACCUUGGCAUAUCUCAGAAAGCUGAGCUCGGAGCAAAUCCAAAAGAUCAAGGAGAUGUACAAGAUGGAUUUUGCCUUGUUCAACUAUCCUUAUGAUUUGCAAAUGAACCUUAAUGAAACUGAUACAGUAUGGAGAAAAAGGCCAUGA